AUAACUUAUAUUCCUUAUCUACUUAAUCUCUACUUAUUAUUAAUAUAUUAUAUCUACUUAUAUAUUUAUUAUCUACUUAUAUAUACAUAUAGUACUUUACUAAUAUUUAUUGUCUACUUAAUAGUUAAUAUAUACUUACUAUCUUCUUAAAGUAGAUAAUUUGAUAUCUAAUUAUCUACUUUACAUACAUAUAUUAUCUUCUCCUUAUUCAUCAUCAACCAAUCGGCCAAUCCACCAAGAUGGAGCGCGGUAGACAUUCUUUGGAUAUCGGAAAUCUCCAACGCAACCGAAAGAAGGAGAUUGCGAGAACUCAUCCUAGUUUGCGCAAAAAAAGCGGGCAGUCCGGAUCUUCUUCUCAAAGUGGAUGGGAGGACGAACCGGAAUACCAACGGCGAGAUGGUGAAAGAAUGUCCGACGAGCAACUACAACAACUAUUGGCUCAAAAUCCUCAAUUUUUCCAUCAACGAGACAUCCCGGACGAUAUUCACACCAUUGACGAAGAAGAGCUCGAGGAUGACGAUCCGGAGGAGGACGCGGGGGGCGCCGGGAGUCACGGCACCCCGGAUGAGGAGCAAGCGGCGGAUUACGAGGGUGGUUCAUCCCAAAUAGGUACGAAAUCUAAAUCUCCUAUUAUAGAAAAUAAUUUUAAAAAGUAUAAAGACCCAAGCACCGAGAAAUGGUACGCAAGUUGCAACCAUUGCGAUAAGGUGUACAGU